UUCCAAUACUCCAAGGGGAGCCCCGCGCUUUCCCCUUCGUGUAUCCGUUCAUACUCAAUCGUUCUCAGCUGCAAGGGCCGCGGGAGCCGCCUUGCUCUCCCACCACGUGGAUUCAGACCUGCUGGGACGAUUCCCACGUUUCGAGGCGUCUCCUUGACUCGGUAGACACGCGGCACGUCCAAUUUUGGGCCUCUUCAUUCAAUGCGCGACUGAGGCACAGUCCAUCAAGUUCAAUUGCCGAAAGAUUGCCUCUCAAGAUGAGCACUUGACGACACGAGAUCCUUCAAUCUAUUCCCUAUAUGACUGGAAAAAGCCCCCUCCGUCCUGAUCUGCGGAGGUCUUCUUUAUAGUAUAAAAGUUGUAGCUCUGAGCUUCUCUUUUUCUCCUUCUCUCCUCACCCUCAGUCUCUCGUUUUGAAGGUCUCAACUAUCGGAAUUACAAUGGCAGCAAACAUCAAAACUCUUCUCUGUUUCGGUUCUCUACUAUCAACAGCAUUAGCUCUUCCCCAGAGCCGACGUGAUACAGAAGCUUCCAGUGUCAAGGAGCAGAAAUAUGACUAUAUCAUUGUUGGUGGUGGUCUCACCGGUCUGGUCGUGGCGAACCGCUUGAGUGAGCUUCGCGACAGAACGGUACUCGUUAUCGAGAAUGGUUACAUUGACGAUAGCCUGACAACAAAAGUUCCUAAUUUGGCGAAUAGCCUCAACUCGGCCGACAUGUAUAGCAUAACUUCCGCACCUGAUCCAAACUUAGGCAAUGCGACAUACCCCGUGCAGGUUGGUAACGUCGUUGGUGGUGGCUCAGUGGUCAAUGGCAUGGCCUUUGAUCGAGCCUCUGCCGCCGAUUACGAUGCCUGGGAAGAGUUGGGCAACCCUGGUUGGGGCUGGGACAGUCUACUGUACUACUUCAAGAAGUCAACGACUUUCACCCCACCAUUGAAGUCCCUUGCCAAGGAAUUCGGAAUGACGUACGACGAAAAUUACUACGGAAAGACUGGCCCGCUCCAGGCUUCUUAUCCCCCCUUCGAUUUCCCUGAUACCAAGACUAUCUGGAGUUCGUUCCGCGCCGAGAAGAUCACUUUUCCAAAAGAGGGCGGCUCUGGAGACGGCGUUGGUGCAUACUGGAUCCCAACGGCGCUUGACCCCAAGACGAUGACUCGAUCUCAUGCUAGGACUGCAUACUACGACCCAGUCAAGACCCGCUCAAACCUCAAGCUCGUCACAGGCCAGACUGUCAACGAGAUCUUAUUCAACGGCCUUACUGCCACGGGUGUCCAAUUUGUUUCCCGCGCUGACAAGACGGUAACCAAGGCAUACGCCAAACGCGAAGUCAUCAUGGCUGCCGGUGGCGUCUUCACCCCUCAACUACUUCAACUCAGCGGUCUCGGGCCUAAGAGCGUCUUGCAAGCUGCAGGUGUGAAGGUCAAGCGAGAUAUGCCUUCGAUCGGCGCCAAUUUCCAGGACCAUGCUAACGUACAAAUGUUUUACAAUCUGGAUAACAUGUCCUUCCCGAACCCGCUUUCCCUCUCCACAAACGCAACAUACAAUGCUUCUGCAUGGCAAGAGUAUCUGACAAAGAAAACCGGCCAAUACACCAUUGCUCAUGGCAACUCUCUUGCCUUCCUUUCCCUUCCCCAGCUUACAACGAACUACAAGACGAUUGUAAACCAACUCAAGGGUCAGAAAACGGCCGACUUCCUUCCUCCAAUUUACAGCAACAAGGCUCUCCUCAAAGGGUUUGAAGCCCAGAAGUCCAUUAUCACCGACAUGCUUUCUGGCAACGACGCCGCUGCGGGAGAGAUCCCCAUGUCUCCGUUUGGCCUUGCAAUCAGUGCUCUUCAACGCCCGCUUUCCCGGGGAACAAUCCAGUUGAACCCGAAGGAUAAGUACGGAAACCCAGUCAUCACGUUCAACACAUUCCAGAAUCCUGUCGAUAAGGCGAUCAUCAUGGCUAUGAUCAAAUUCACGCGGAACCAUUGGGCAAGGAAGGAACUCGCGGGUUUCGCACCCCUCGAACUUGUCCCAGGCGCAACGGCACAGACUGAUGACCAAAUUAUCAAAGCACUAGUAGCUUCCGGGGCGAUUUUACCAACAUUCGCGCAUCCAGCGUGCACGUGUGCGAUGAUGCCUGAGGACAAGGGUGGAGUUGUCGGCAGCGACUUGUUAGUGUAUGGUGUCGACAAUCUCAGCGUCGUUGACGCGAGUAUUCUACCUCUUCUUCCAGCAACACAUAUCCAGGCCACCAUGUAUGCGGUUGCGGAGAAGGCUGCGGAUCUCAUCAAGGCAAGGGGUUAAUGAGAUAAUGCGCGAGGCGUUAGUCUAGGUGGCUGAUGUACUGUACAUACAAAAGGGGUGAUUCCUGAUAGAUACAUUCGCUUGGUAUGUUUAAUCUUUUGUAACUAAC